AUGUCUACAUCGGAGUCCCCAAAGCUUAUGACCCCUUCCUUGGACGACGAUACUAGCACCGUCUAUGAGGAUAUGGAGCAUGAGGACAGCAGCCCAGACGUUCUCGAGAAGCAAAAUGCUACAAGUCAGCCUCUUCGUGCGGUUACGACGGACGGUACGGCCGACACCGCGAUCAAGCAUGCCCCUCCUCCGGUGCAGGGCCCGGGCCCCGUCACCCUCUCGCCUCACAUCAUCGUCGUGGGCAACGCCAUCACGCACUGUCAGACCGCCUGGGGCCGAGCGGGUGUCGCUAAAUUAGGCUACCACCAAUUCGCCAGGAUGGUAUUCGACACAUUCAUCCUGCACCCGUCCCGCGCGCCCAAGUGGGCGUUCAGCCCUUUCGUGAAAUCCCAGCGCGCCAUCUUUUAUGAGGCCUACAACUUUCUCCAGGCGGACUUUGCGGCCAGAGUGAAGUUCAGGCCGCAAUGGGCUGGCCAAGGCGACGGGUCAGAGGGCUCUGUGGAGGAGUCUGUGAUGCUGCAGCCGGUGGGCUGGCAGGAGAUGAUGCAGAAGAUUGUCAAGAUCCAGGUCGAGUACCAGCCUCCCGAAGUGUAUCCUAACAAAGUGGAGCUACUGAAAAUUCUUGGGAAGACCCCGAAGGCUGAGUGA